AUGGCCACACAACUACUUCCAUUAGAGCUCAUCGACAAGUGUGUCGGCUCCCGCAUCUGGGUGAUCAUGAAGGGUGACAAGGAAUUCAGCGGAUUGCUUGUGGGAUUUGACGACUAUGUCAAUAUGGUUCUUGAGGACGUGACAGAGUUCGACUACUCUGGUAACCACACAAAAAUGUCCAAGAUCCUGCUCAACGGAAACAACAUUUGCAUGUUGAUUCCAGGGGGUGAGGGUCCUGUACAGGCAUGA